UGCAAGUAAUGUCCGAAAAUUUAAGAAAUUACUAAUUAGUGCAAAUAACUACUGAAAGCAGUGUAAGAAAUUCGGAUUUGAAUCCACUAGUCUGGUCGGACUACCAGAUUGGAAUAUUCAUUAGCCCAGAAGACAUUUCACUAGCACGAUUCAUUUGUUCAAAACAUUUGUUUAUAUUGUUAGCCUGGUCGGGCUUGUUACUGUGAAAAGAUGGUUGCCCGAGGGGAAAUUAAGUAGUCGGGGACUAUCGGACUACCGCUAAUUUCGAACACUGUGAAAGUGCCUAACUACAGAAGUUUUGGACUAAAUUUAGACCGAAAACGACAAUCAGUUUUACCAACUAUGACCACCGAUAUGAACGACAAUUACCCUCAGCAAGUAUCAGAUGAUCAAGCCAGGUCUGAGAGAAGUAAAAUGGUAUUAUCAACUGGUAUUUCACUUCCGGCAAAUUUUCACUGUGACUCAAGAUUUGUUUUUGAUAGGCGUGAAAAAACGUCACAUCGACUGAACGGUUACGGUGAAAACCCACUAAAUACAUAUGUCAGCCAAGCUCAACAAAGCAGACAGGGAAAUGAAGUCCGUUCUCCAACAAUAAGAAGUAACAUUUCAAACAACCCUGUCAUUACAAGGCCACCUAGGCACCCCGACUAUGUUGAUAGUAGCGAAAGGCGUCGAUCUUAUGAUAGGUGGUGGCAUCGAAAACCUGAUCCUCAAACAUUGACCAAUGCUGGAUUCUUCUAUACAAAUGAAGGAGAUCUUGUAAGAUGUUUUCAAUGUGGAAUCGGCCUGAAAGACUUCUGUGAGGAAGAUAACCCGUUAAACGAGCAUUUGAAACAUUCCGGUGACUGCCCGUAUUUACUAGAGUAUCUGGGAGCGAGCCAGUUAGCUGCUAUAAGGAGACGGUUACAAUCCAGCGACCCUGAAUUCAAUAGAAGAAUGCAGUGGAAUGGGAGACACAGACAGGAUCCAGAAAACGCUGUGUACCGUCACCCUGGAUACCAGACAUUGGAGUCACGACCUGCUUCAUUCCUGAAUUGGUCACCACACAUGAUGCAGACCCCUGAACAGUCAGAAGACGAUAUGAUAGAGGAAAUAUUGAAAUCAGUUGUCUUUUGUUACACAGGUGAAAUUUCUAAACUAAACUUUCUUGUUAAUCUGUCAGCAAAAUACUCUUACAGGAAUGAAUAAAUAAUAUAAAACAAGCAGCAUCA